AUGGAAAAAGUCUGCCCGGAGAAAGAGUCCCUGGAAACCAGACAGAUGGCGUUUACCUUGGCACGGCUCGAGGCCUUGGAGAUUUGCCUGAUGGAAGCAGAAGCAAAGGCUAAAGUCUUAUCCGAACAGCUUUCAGCCUCUGAAGGAACAAAAUCAAAGCUGCUUGAACAAGUUUCCUGGCUGGAGAAAAAACUAGAGGCUCUGGACCGAAAGGAAGACAGGGGGGAACCAUAUGAAAAACUGGUCCUUGCAAAAGACCAGUGUAUUGAAAAAUUACAAGCUGAAGUGAAAGCUUCCCAGGAGCAACUUGUAGCCUAUAAACUAAAGCACAAAAGGAAACUGGAAAAGCUACAAACUGAUUUGGCAACAGCUAAGCAAGAGGCUGCCAUCACAGUCCUGGAACUCAAUGAGAAGAUAAAGACUCUACGUGAAGGAAAGCCAGCCCCUAGAGAAGACAGCUCACUGGAAGAGGGCUGUGGUGGUCUCCUGCCUGUGGAAGAAGGUGACCGAAAAAUCAACCUGAUUGUGGAGUUGUCGACCCAGGUUUCCCAUCAGACUGAGAAGAUCACUCAGCUGGAAGAAAUUUUAGAAGAAAAGGAAAGGAAGAUUCAGCAGCUGGAAGCCGAGCGCGAGGCCCAUCCUUUCCCAGAGGUCAAAGACUCUCCAGAAUGUUUACAAGAGGCCAAUUCUUUAAUUUUCUUUAAUAAUAGCAUCACUCCUGUGGUCUAUGACGAGGAUAUUCAAAGAUUCUCAGUAAAAAAAAAAUAA